AUGAAGCAACCUCCAAGAAGAAUAGUAGAGCAUGCUUCAAGUGGCUACCCUUUCAAGUUGCUGGCUGACGCAAGGUACAUAUCUCAAACAAUGAAGUUGGGAGCACUUGGCAUUCCAUCUUAUAGAUCAUUUUCAGUGGAGGAGCUGGAAGCUGCUACAAAUAACUUCGAACCGUCAAGGUUCAUGGGAGAAGGCUCUCAUGGUCAGAUAUACAGAGGAAGACUCAAAGAUGGUUCCUGGGUGGCAAUAAGAUGCUUAAAGCUGAAAAAGGGACAAACUUCCCAGAACUUCAAUCGGCAUAUUGAAUUAAUAUCCAAGCUUAGGCAUCGCCAUUUGGUCAGUGCCCUUGGCCACUGCUUUGAGUAUAACCUGGAUGAUUCCAGUGUCAGCAGAUUAUUUCUCAUUUUCGAAUAUGUGUCAAAUGGAACAUUAAGAAGCAAUAUAUCAGAGGGAGGUCAGAGGCUUACAUGGAUACAGAGGCUAUCAGCUGCCAUUGGUGUAGUAAAGGGAAUUCAGUUUUUGCAUGGGGGUAUCAUGCCUGGCUUCUUUUCAAACGAUCUAAAAGUCGCAAAUAUAUUUUUAGAUCAGAAUCUUGUUGCAAAAAUCAGUAGCUACAAUCUUCCAGUACUAGCAGAGAAUAUGAUAACUAUGGUAUCUGCGGGUGGUUCAACGAGUGGAUCAAAUGAACCUGGUGGAAGGCUCAAACAUUUGGAUAAGAUUGACAUCUAUGAUUUUGGUAUCAUCUUACUGGAAAUUGUAUCCGGCAGGCCAAUCACAUUAACAAGUGAAGUCCACAUAAUGAAAGAUGAGUUACAAGAAAGUAUUCUAGCUGACGGAGCUGCUCGGAGGAGCCUCGUGGAUCAUUUUAUAAGAAGGCAAAGCUGUGAUGAAUCACUGAAGACUGUCAUGGAGAUCUGCCUGCGAUGUCUUUCGGAGGAACCAACUCAGAGACCCUCGGUCGAAGAUGUGCUUUGGAACUUGCAUUUUGCUGUUCAAGUCCAAGAAUCUUGGAGGUUGGCUGCUUCCACGGUCGUCACCCAGCCCAAAGUAAAGACGUCUCUGUCUGGGUCCUUAGGGACCUGCGAGAGGUUACAAAGUGGGCUGAUCCUUGCGGAGCAAGAUCGCAAGGGCGAAGCGCAAUUUAGGCAAAGCAAGCUAAGUUCGCGUCUUUGCCACAAGGGUGACUCGUGA